UCACGGUCUGUUUGACGUCAGUGUGGAGUUGGGGCUGAGCCUGGCGCACUCUCUGUCUCUCCUUCCAUUGUGAGCAGAUCAACGAUGCGAUCGGGCUGAAUCUUUGCUGUUGCUGCCGCCGCCGCCCAGUCCAACAGCCGGCCAGAGUCCCCCUUGUCCCUCCCCUCUCUCUCACUCCCCUCCCUGGUGAGACCUGCAACAGCAACCAUCAAAUCCUCCCCUUUAGCCCUUCCACAAUCUCAUACUCUCUCUCUCUCUCUCUUCCCUUCCUUCUGUCCAUCCAUACGCUAAAGGUAAAGAAGCCAGCCCCGGUCCUCCCCUCCACCUCCACACCCACUUCAUCCCCUGGAUUUGGAUGUGCGAUUAAAAUCCCCGGCGUCUCCAAACGAGGAUUCAUUCCCAGAGAGGGAGAGAGAGAGAGUGAGCGAGUUGAGUUGAGAAGGCCAGAGAGAGCUUGUGCUACUUUCCAGCAGCAACCAUGGGAUGUACAAUGAGCGCCGAGGAGAGGGCAGCUAUGGAGCGGAGCAAAGCCAUCGAGAAAACCAUCAAGGAGGAUGGCAUUAGCGCCGCCAAGGAUGUGAAGCUGCUGCUUCUCGGGGCGGGAGAAUCGGGGAAAAGCACCAUCGUAAAGCAGAUGAAGAUUAUUCAUGAAGAUGGAUUUUCUGGUGACGAUGUGAAGCAGUACAAGCCUGUGGUGUACAGCAACACCAUUCAGUCCCUGGCUGCCAUUGUCCGUGCUAUGGAUACCUUGGGCAUUGAGUACGGUGACAAGGAGCGAAAGGCUGAUGCUAAAAUGGUGUGUGACGUAGUGAGUCGAAUGGAGGAUACGGAGCCAUUCUCUCCGGAGCUGCUGUCUGCCAUGAAGCGACUUUGGACAGAUUCUGGGAUGGUGGAAUGCUUCAGCCGUUCCCGUGAAUACCAGCUUAAUGACUCUGCACAAUAUUACCUAGACAGCUUAGAUCGAAUUGGAAGUAAUGACUAUCAGCCAACAGAGCAGGAUAUCCUCCGAACCAGAGUGAAGACCACUGGUAUCGUAGAAACUCACUUUACAUUCAAAAACCUCCACUUCAGGCUGUUUGAUGUGGGAGGUCAGAGGUCAGAGAGAAAGAAAUGGAUCCAUUGCUUCGAAGAUGUGACGGCAAUUAUUUUCUGUGUGGCACUGAGUGGCUAUGACCAGGUGCUCCAUGAGGAUGAGACCACGAAUCGCAUGCAUGAGUCGAUGAAGUUAUUCGACAGUAUCUGUAACAACAAAUGGUUUACAAAUACUUCCGUCAUCCUCUUUCUCAACAAGAAGGACAUAUUUGAGGAAAAAAUUAAGAAAUCUCCACUAACAAUCUGCUUUCCUGAGUACACAGGCCCCAGCAUGUUUGCUGAAGCUGUUUCUUACAUUCAGUCCCAGUACGAGAGCAAGAACAAGUCAGCAAGCAAGGAGAUCUACACACACAUUACCUGUGCCACUGAUACCAAUAACAUUCAGUUUGUUUUUGAUGCAGUAACUGAUGUGAUUAUUGCAAACAACCUGCGAGGGUGUGGACUGUACUAGAGUCCGUCAGGCACUGUACAGGUGGCAUUUUUGGAGACAUUUCUGCCACUGAUUUUACAUCACACAUAAACAAAACAGCCAAUUUUGUAGCUACUGCUGUUCAAGCACUGAGCAGAAUUGGACAGAUUUUGUAUUCCCUUGAAUAUACACGUGAGUCAGGCAGGCAUAUACACACCCACCCCAAUAUGCACCAUGUCCUUGGAGACGCAGUUAUAAUGCCACUUUUGCAUUAAUGAUUUUGUAAGCGAGUGUGUAAGUGGCAGUAUAACUCUGGAGUUACUGUCCAGGAAACCAGGAAAUGCGAGGCCCAUGCCUGGAGGUUGUCUCCUGGUGGUUGAAGUUUGCACCAAGUUCAGUAUAAUUCCAAUCCAAUGGUACUGCACUGUUAACUCAUACGCAGCUAUUCACAUUGUCAGUCAUUCAUGCGUACACAUCUAGCCUAACACUCAGGAAACGCAUACACACUGUAAGUGUUCUUUGCAGUCAGUACUGGAUAUCCUCAUCUUCUCAUUCUCUCCCCUCUGUAAUUAAUUCCUGAUGUUUUCAGUUUGACUAAAGUUAUUUUCAGAUUCACAUUGCCUGACAAGUUUCUGUUUUUUUGAAAGAAAUUUUAUAUUUCAGAAUCCAGAGCCUGUCAUAUUCAGUUGCGCUUCAAUUUGAUGGAGAAGUUGUUGUCUUUUAAGUUUCUCUAGGGAUGUUUGGUAAAAUUAGAGAGGAGAUUUGGUAAGAGAUUUAGCAAGGAGGUUCAGCCAUGUGCUGGCAUCACAGAACCUGGGACUGUGUUGUAUAUCAGUGACUGGACCUGUGUUUCCCAGUCAGUGUGGUCUGGUCUGUGUGCAACCCUACCUCAUGUUGCCCAGUCCAUGUGAGAUCCUCGUGUUGCCAGAAUGCAGAAUGAGAUAGUACCUGGUAUUUGUGGGCAGAGCCAGUCUCUACUGAGACUGUAGAUAUAUGUUGGAACUUGAUAUCUAUUGAUGUUUGCUAUACCUAACACAGUUGAUCAGUCAUGUUGAGGUCCAUUUCUAAAACUUAGAUAAUACAUAGAUGCAGGUUUUUCUUGUCAGCUAAUCGAUGUGGAAUCAAAAUAUGAUAGUCCUUUCACAUACCUUGUUAUUCUAACUCAUUGAAAGGUAAGCUUCUCUGUGUGUAUAGGGGAUAUCCAAAAAUAUUUAUCAUAAGUCAAACUAUAUACUAAAAACUACAGUAAAUAUUUAAAGCUGAAAUAAUACAUUACAGUUGAACACAGGUGGCAUUAAAAUAUAAUAAAUGUAAUGUCUGCCCAUUACAAAUGAUUGACUUUUGGGAGGAAGCUGAUCUUUAUCAUUGAGUUUGGGAGAUUUGCUGUCAUGUUGAAUCUUUAACACAAUUUUCCUCCUUUUCGCACUGCCACAGCAAGAUCUCCAUAUUUCUGACAAUGCUUCAUAUGCUGUACACCCUGCUUCUGAUUAUGGGCAGGUUUAGGCUGAGCUGGUUGUUGUCUGGGAAUGGAAAGAUUCAGAAACAGCUUUCUUUGUUGAUCUAAAGAAUCCAGUCCCUGUGAGAAUUAACAGGGUCCGACUCUGAAGUUUAGGCCAGAGAGCUCUGAGUGUUUUAUACUCAGUCUUACAAAUCUUCUAUUUUAAGAUUUUUCUUUUACCUGCUGUAUAAUUCCACCUGGGUGUUUUUGUUUACUGGAGAGGGGAUACACAGCUCAGUACUGUAGGUAAUUACAGCUAUAAGGCCAUAGGAACAGAAGUAGGCUGUUCGCCCCAUCAAAUCUGCUCAACCAUUCAUGGAAAUCAUGGCUGAUGAUAAUCCACAACUUCAUGUCAUUUCCCCAUAACCUUUGAUUCCCUAAUUGAUUAAACAUAUAUCUUAGACAUGAAUAUAUUUCUGAUUCAACCUCAACAGCCCUCUGUGGUAAAGUGUUCCACAGAUUCAUGACCCUCCACAUUUCUGUCUUAAAUGGGUGAUGCCUUGCUCUGAGAUUGUGCUCUCUGGACUUUGUUUUCACUUGUGAGAGAGAGUCUAAGUAUCAGCAUCUACCCUGACAACACCCUAAAAAUCUUGUGUGUUUCAAUAAGUUCUCCUGUCAUUCUUCUAAACUCCAAUGAGUACAAUGUACUCAACCUCCAUUCAUAAGUAAAACCCUUUGUACCCGGAAACAACCAAGUGAACCUAUUAAGAAAGGAGGGAGGCAAAAAGCAGGUAACUGCAGGAUGAUUAGCCUAACAUCUGUACUUGGGAAAGUAUUGGAAUCAGUUAUUAUGGAUGUAAUAGCAGAAAGUUUGGAAAAUUAUAAUCUAAUCAAGCAGAGUCAGCAUGGCUUCAUGAAAGGAAAUCAUAUCUAAUUUAUUCGAGUUUUUUGUGAAAGUCUCAAUCAGAAUUGGUAGAGGGGAACUAGUAGAUGUGUUGUAUUUGGACUUCGCGAAUGCAUUCAACAAGGUACCUCACAAAAGGUCAGGUCAUAAGAGCCUGGGGUGUUAGAGGUAGUAUAUUGUCAAGGAUAGAGAAUUAGUUAAUGGGCAGGAAACAGCAAGUGGGGAUAAGGGGUUCUUUCUUAGGUUGGCGUCCCAUGACCAGGGAUCAGUGCUAGGAGCACAACUGUUAACAAUAUAUAUUAAUGACUUGGAGGAAGGAAGUGAAUGUACUCUAACCCAAUUUGCAAACAACACAAAAAUAGGUAGAAAGGCAGGUUGUGAGUGGUAUACAGACAGUUUACAGAGAUAAAUUAAUAGGUUAAGUAAAUUGGCAAAUGUAUAAUCUAGAAACAUAGAUUAUUGGAAGGGAAAACAAAGAAUAAAAUCUUAUUCAAAUGUAUAAAAAUUGCAGAAAGUUGCAACACAAAAGGACUUGUUGGUAUUUGUACAUGAAACACAGAAAGCUAGUACAUAGAUGCAGC